CAUUCAGCGGCGAUGGGGUUUUUUCAUAUAUCAUUCGUCGUCGCUGUUAUCGUCGAUAAAAGAACGAAAAUAAAACUUCAAAACAAUUCGCGUUCGAUUGUGAAAGAAAAAAAAAUCAAUUUGAAAAUAAAACAUUUUUACCGAUAAUGAUAUUUUGCUGCUAACAAAAUGGAAUUGAUCAUGAAAAUUUUACAGAUUAUUCUUUAUGCAAUUAUUCUAUGGAUAAAUGUUUCGCGAUCAUUGGAACCGGAUCGCCAUUGUUUAGAUUGUAUUUGUCAUGCAUCCACUGGUUGUAAACGAAAUAUUCAAUGCCAUAAUAGCGGCAAUGGACAAUAUUAUUGUGGUCCAUAUCAAAUAUCGUGGGCAUAUUGGGCUGAUUCCGGUAAACCUGGUGAUGCUGGUUUUGCAAAUGAUUUUGAACAAUGUUUAGUGAAAAAAUCCUGUUCCGAAGCUGCUGUUCGUGGUUAUAUGAAAAAAUAUGCUAAUGAUUGUAAUGGUGAUGGUCAUGUUGAUUGUUUUGAUUAUGCUGCCAUACACAAGGUUGGACCUUCUGGAUCAUGUCAACCAUCUUGGCUAAUUAAUAGUAAAUAUUGGAUUGAAUUUCAACAAUGCUAUUCACAAUCACCAUCAUCAUCGACAGCUUCAUCAUUCAGGGACAAUUCAAAUUUACCAUCAAAUACAAUGAUUGAAGUACCUAGAAAUAAACCAUUAUUACCAUUUUUACCACCAUUACCGCCACCAUUAAUAUUGCCUCCGGUACAUGCUAGGGCAUCUGCAUCGGUUCCCGGAGCAUCAGCUACAGCAUCAGCCGCUGCUGGUUUCGAUUCAAACACUGGUAAUCCAUUGACAUUUGUGUCAAGUUCAACUGGAAAUGGUAAUAACGAUGAAAUCAGUAUUGAAACAUUUCCACCGUUACCAGCUUUACCUGGACGAUUUGGACCAUCAAAUCGACCGAAUCAGAUUCCGCCAAUUCCAGGUGUAUUAGUCAAUAAACCUCAACCAUCAACUCCGGUUCUAGUGUCAUCCGUCAAUUUCGAUCGAAUGAAACCAAUUAGAUUUGAUUUACCAGAAACAAGAAAUCCAUUAUCGUCAUCGUCUACUGAACGGGAAGAUCAUGAUUCUCCGAUAAUAAAUUCAGUUUCAAAUGUUGAAGAACAACCUGAAGAAAUUGUUGCUACUGUAACCAAUGAAGAAAUUUCUUAUAAUUGUCUUCAAUGUUUAUGUUAUGCAAGUAGUAAAUGUGAUGUAAACAAAGGAUGUGAAGGUGCUUAUUGUGGGCCAUAUUUAUUAAGUUGGGGAUAUUGGGCCGAUGGCGGAAAACCGGAAAAUGAAUACGCUACCUGUUCAAAACAGAAAUCUUGUUCUGAAAAUGCCAUUCAAGGUUAUAUGGCUAAAUGGAAACGUGAUUGUAAUCAUGAUGGAAAGAUUGAUUGUAUCGAUUUUGCGUUAAUACAUAAACUUGGACCACAUGGAUGUGAAAAAAUUCAAGCAUUGAAAUCAACUGAUUACUGGAAUCAAUUUAGUCAAUGCUUCAAUCUUCCAAGUGAAAAUGAAAACAAACCAGUACGAUCUACCGGACCAGUACUUGUUGAAAUACCUAAACCACAACCGAUAAUAUCUACUCGUUCUAGUGAACCAUUUAUCGGUCCAAUACCGAAUAAUCCAAAUGAAGAUGAAUCGAAUAAUUAUGAAACACAGCCACAACCUAGAGGCGUAGUGAUUCGAGUGAAUAAUCGUGAUUUAAUCAAUACAAACAACAAUAAUAAUAAUUUACGAGCACCACCAACAAGAUCAAGGCUACCUACACGAAUCGAUUUAGGUACGUUGAACACAUCACAACCGAUUAUCAUUCGUAUUAAACCACCAACAAAUUCGAAUGAUCCACGAAGAAUAAAUAUUCCUGAAACAAGACCACCACCACCACCACCACGUCCAUCGUCACUACAACCGAAACCUAUUGAAAUAAUUGAAGAACAACCACCAACCAUUAUUGAACCAUCAAGGCGGCCAAUCAUUCAUGAAAAUGAUGAUUUUUUUAGCCAACCAAGACCUUUUGAUCAACCAUCAUCAAGAAAUGAAGAGCCAAAUGUUUCAGAAAUUCGAAGACAGCCCCCAUUAUCACCCAAACCAUCACCACCACCACCGCCACCAUCAUCACCAUCAAGACCGAAGCCACCUGUAAGACAAAAUGCAACAAAAGACAGUCUAGUUACACUUGAAUGUUUAGAAUGUAUUUGUUAUGCAUCAAGUAAAUGUAAUCCAUCCAUUGGAUGUCGAUCUGAAGGAACCGGUAAAUAUGUCUGUGGAUCAUAUCAAGUUGAUUGGGAAUAUUGGAUGGAAGCUGGUAAACCGGGCAAUCGUGCCGAUCUAUCAAAUGUGGAAAAUUUUCAAAUGUGUAUGAACAAUCGUGAAUGUGCCGAUAAAACUGUUACUGAAUAUUUAAAACGUUUCCGUAAAGAUUGUAAUGAAGAUGGUCAUAUUGAUUGUAAUGAUUUGGCUGCAUUACAUAUUGGUGGUCCAAAACAUUGUGGUGCACAAUGGUAUCUAGAUUCAAAAUAUUAUUCUGAUUUUCGUGAAUGUUUUGAUUUUUGAGUUGAAGAAAGAAAUUUUUUUGUUUUGUUUUAAUGAUAAUGAUAAAAUGUAUUAAUA